AUGAUUGCUAGGGGUGUGAUGUUGGGCGUUGACCAAUCCGUCAUCUUCCACAUGCUAGAUAGUCCUCCUGCUACUGAAGCACUUAAUGGAGUGAAGAUGGAAUUGGCUAAUACUGCACUCCCUCUUCUCAAAGGUGUCGUUGCAACAACUUAUGCUGUUGAAGCAAGCUAUGGAGUCAACAUUGCAGUGAUGGUUGGCGAUUUCCCUAGGAAAGAAGGCAUGGAGAGGAAAACUGUGAUGUCAAAGAAUGCUCCAUAUACAAAUCCCAGGCCUCAGUUCUUGAGAAGCAUGUUGCUGCCAACUGCUAGAUGA